UUGUUUAAACGUACCGUUAUUUUAAAAUUCAAAAACUCGAACGUUAUUUUCUCUCUACGUCACCUUUGACCUCCUGCGCGCUCCCGACGUCAAAUCAGUGCCCGGCAGGCGCGCUCUGGUCGGAACGGCGCAGAGAGCACCGGGAAGAGAGAGGAGAGCACCAGGAAGAGAGCACCGGGAGGAGAGGGGGAACUUUACCGGCUUACCGCGUUUUGGUGACAAGUUCUCGAACAGGAUGUGAAGCUUAAAGGGGCUCAUUUUCUUCUUCUUCUUUUUAAAUUGCGGAGCGUCCGCGGGAUUUGACGGCUCGGCGGCGCGCCAUGGACGGGAUAACCGGAGCGAGCACCGUCGCUACUUUACCGUUCCUCACCGGGAGCUUUACUCGGUGCGCUUCACCGGGAGUUCACGGCGUUUUUGUUCACCUGUAGCGUCUGUUUUGCGUCUUUCCGUUUGCCCGGGCUGAGAAUUAGCGCUUUGGUCCAAGUUUUAGCGGUGUUUUCGUACAGCAGCGCCGUGUUUACCGCUAGCUUACAGCCGCGUCCUGCGUCCGCUCGGUGGAAACGGAUGCAUCACAUACCGGUGAUUACCGGGAGAGCCGCUGGUUUCUACGGGACGGUUUCUACUGGACGCACGGUAAUGGAUUUACUGCAGUGAGAAUAAAGGAACAACAACAUGUAUGCUGGACGCAAACGGAGAAAACCGGCGCAGAAAGGAGUCAAACCGACCCCUGCUGAAGGCGUCAAGUCCAACCCGUCCAAACGGCACCGGGACCGGCUGAACUCGGAGCUGGACCGGCUCGCCAGCCUGCUGCCCUUCCCUGAAGACGUCAUCUCCAGCCUGGACAAACUGUCCAUCCUGAGGCUCAGCGUCAGCUACCUGCGCACCAAAAGCUUCUUCUCAGUGGCGUUGAAGAACCAGCUGUCCAAUGGCAUUAACAAGAGCAGCGACGGUAACAAUGGCAGCAAGACGGCUGGAUGUGCAGACAGACGGGUUUCUGAAGGGGAGCUGCUGCUGCAGGCUCUGAAUGGAUUCGUUCUGGUGGUGACGGCGGAGGGAAUCAUCUUCUUCUGCUCUCACACCAUCCAGGAUUACCUCGGCUUCCAUCAGACUGACGUGAUGCACCAGAGUGUGUUUGAGCUGAUCCACACUGAAGACCAGCAGGAGUUCAGGAGGAACCUGCACUGGGCCCUGAACCCCCCCAUCAGCCCCGGACCCCCCACAGAUCCCCCAGAUGGCGAGUCUCUGUCGACCUCAUCUUGCCUAGUGAGCUACAACCCUGACCAGCUUCCACCUGAAAACUCGUCCUUCCUGGAGAGGGCCUUCGUCUGCCGUUUCCGCUGUUUGUUGGACAACUCCUCCGGCUUCCUGGCGCUGAACAUCCAGGGCAGGCUGAAGUUCCUCCACGGUCAGAGCCGCCAGCAGUGUGACAGCGAAGGCAGCAGUCCUCCUCAGCUCGCCCUGUUUGCCAUCGCUACACCCCUGCAGCCUCCAGCCAUCCUGGAAAUCAGGACGAGGAACAUGAUCUUCAGGACCAAACACAAGCUCGACUUCACCCCGAUGGCUUGUGAUGCAAAGGGUAAAAUAGUUCUGGGCUACACCGAGGCGGAGCUGAGAGUUCGAGGUUCAGGAUACCAGUUCAUCCACGCUGCCGACAUGCUGUACUGCGCCGAAAACCACGUCCGAAUGAUGAAGACAGGCGAGAGCGGCCUCACCGUCUUCAGGCUGCUCACCAAGGACAACCGCUGGAAGUGGGUCCAGGCCAACGCCAGACUGGUCUACAAGAACGGCAAACCGGACUACAUCAUCGCCACCCAAAGGCCUUUGGUGGAUGAGGAAGGAGGGGAGCACCUGAGGAAGCGAUCUAUGCACCAUCCCUUUACCUUUGCCACCGGAGAGGCUCUUCUCUACCAGACCGGCUACCCGCUGCAUGGUUUCCCUGAUUCCUUCCAGGGCAAAGCCAAAGGCAGCAAGUCCAAGAAGGGCAAAGUGGACAAGAGCUCCUCAGAUGAACUGGACCCAAAGUCCCUGCUGGGAGCGCUGAUGAGCCAGGAUGAGUCCGUGUACGUCUGCCAGCCGGACACGGAGCCUAAGAUGUCCUACCACAGCAGCCUUUUUAGCGAACAGCAAAGCAAAACUGAUGGUUUUGGAGGCCUGUUAGGUGGUGACAGCUGGCAUUUUGGAUCUAACGGGGAGGCGGGCAGGUGUAACGGUAAAACGUCCAGUUUUGAUCCACUCCUGGCCACCCUGGACUCUCUGUCUCUGGACGGAGGGGAGACAUGCUCCAACAGCGAGCUCUUCAGCGCUCUGGAGAACCUGGGCCUGAAUGCCGAGGAUCUGGAGCUGCUGCUGCUGGAUGAGAGGAUGAUCCAAGUGGAGCUGGACCCCAACCACAUCCCAACACUCAGUGACCUUCUCACCAACAACGAAAUCCUCUCUUACAUCCACGACUCUCUGGAGAGUGGGACCGAAGCUGAGGAACAAGGAAGUGGAUUUGGAUCUUCAAACCAACCAUCAAACCCAGAUUCAGUCCAAAGUGUCUCCCAGCAGGCGUGCUUGACAGCUGCUGUCCUUCCAGCUCCUCCCAGCAGCAGGCAGCCCAUCGUUCAGCUUUCUCAGCAGAUGCAGCAGCACAUCGGUUCGGCUCAAAUGGGACAGGUUCAGGCUGGAACUGUGAACUCAAACAAUCCGACUGGGAUUCCUAACAGUCCCUGGGUGGUAACGACGGAGAACCACCACCAUCCCAUCAACAACACCCAUCAGCAACCUCAGACUGCACUGGAAACCACGCAACUGAACGGUGAACACAAACACCUCAACUCACUUCUGGAAUCCAGUCAGCAGUGGCAGCUCCAGCAGGACCAGCAUCCUGUCCGCCUCCAGUCCCAUCAGCAGGUAAACAGCGAGAGCACUUUGCCGUCGGGUUUCCAGAAUCAUCUCGGACCGACGACAAACGGAUCUUACAUCCAAACUGGACACACGGCUUUUCCACCCAACGUGGAGGUCGGCCACACAGAUUACAGUCUGUCCAACACACCACACACAGGCGGUACAGUACUGAACUGCCUGAGCGUACAGGAUGUUUGUCACUACCAGAGUUUGGUGGCCACCACACAGCCCUACCAGCUGCAGGCUCCCCAGAAACACCAGCAGCAGCAGCAGCAGCAGCAGCACAUGUUGCAGCAGACUCAGGUUCCACCAUCUUGUUUGCCCCAGCGUCCCACCCAGAGCUCUGCGCUGGAGCUGGAGCAGUUACUGGCCCUGUCGCAGCCGCAGCACAACCUGCCAUCUUUAGAGGCCUACAGCAUGUUCAACGCUGCACAAGACUCCACCCAUAGCAAGCUGGAGAACGGCUGCCUCCUCAACGCAGCGUACGUCAGGACGUGUCUGAUGCCCAACGGAAAUGCAGUGACGACUGGCGACAUUCCUGUUUCAUGCCCCGACGAACUCCCUCCACUGCAGGACCUCCAGAAAUCUGGAUUUUUCCUCUGAUCGGACGAAGGCACAGUGUCAGUGGAGGCUAGAAGAGAAGGUACAGGAGAAAAAAAGAAAGAGGAACAACUAAACCUUCUCCAAACGUGAUUUUUUUUUAUGGAAUUGUUGAGUGGUGAUAAAGAAGAGUGAAAAUUCAGACCCUUUUCAAAGCAUUUUUUAUUUGUUUUGCACUCAGACGUCUUAGCUGUGCUACUCAGAAACACCCUAAAAAUGUGUACGUGAAGAAAGAUAAGUGAAGAAGAAGCGUGUUUUUCAUGUCACACUGUGUUAUAAUAUUCGUGCUCUCACUGAAAGUUUCCAUGUUUGGAUAAAAUUCGUGCCCUUGACUGUCGGUCAGGUGUUUCUUUGGAACGUAAACCCGACUGGAUUUUCGCUCUCAAGCCAAAACUCAUCACUUUCUGAUCUGUAAAUACACAAUUAAUAGAGACGACACAGUUCCACUCAACCGCAGUAGUUACUACGACAAGGCAAAGGUUUUAACGUGAUUAUAACCGCAUCCUUCCCAUUGCUGCUGGCCAUUUUUCAACCACAUCAUAUCAUUUAGGAUUCAUUUAAUCCUGCAGCAGAUGUUGGUUUAAGUUCACUCCAGUUGGAAAAUGUUUUUAAACUACAGCUGAAGGAGAUCAUGUUCACUACCGUUCAAAAGUUUGGGUUCACCCAGACAAGUUCAUGUUUUCACACUUUAAUUCAUAUUCUAACAUAACUGCACAAGGGUUUUCUAAUCAUCAAUGAGCCUUUCAACACCGUUAGCUAACACAAUGUAGCAUUAGAACACAGGAGUGAUGGUUGCUGGAAAUGUUCCUCUGUACCUCUAUGGAGAUAUUCCAUUAAAAAUCAGCUGUUUCCAGCUACAAUAGUCAUUUACCACAUUAACUACGUCUACACUGGAUUUAUCAUUCAUUUAAUGUUAUCUUCAUUGAAAAAAAAAUGCUUUUCUUUCAAAUAUAAGGACCUUUUUCUAACAAACUUUUGAACGGUAGUGUAUCUUAACCAGGCUUCAGAAGUACAACUAAGCUGUAGUGAACCAGAGAAAACUGUGGAUUAAUCCAGUUGAUUUAGCUCUUUUGUGCUCAUGAAAGUAACACUGUGGAUUGUCCAUCCAAUGAGGAUCUGGUUAGAUUAGAGCAACCUGAGAGCUCGACAAAAACUACAACCUCAGUCAGAGUUAACGGGUAUCACAAAGGUGGUUUUUAACUUUGUCUGCUCAGACUUUCUGCUUCAGACUCUGUUCUUACAAAAAGGAGGAGUUUAACGCAUCAUGUGACUCUUCUGCAGUAAAUGAAUCGAUCGUGUUCAGCUGCUUCAGUCAACAGGCUGUUUUGAUGGAGAACAAUGAGGAAUAUAAAAUUAAUGACGGUGAAAAGCUGCUGCUGGAAAUGAUGCAAGACAGGAAUGCUGGUAGAAAACUGUUAAAUGUGUGUAAUGUGUUUAGCAGGAGAAGCAGCAGCAUUUUAAUUUGUGGCCAACUCAAAGUGAAACUAAAGUUACUGAUUGGAUAUUCUCUGUAAUAAACACCAAUAGAAUAAUCAGCACUCUUUCAGCUGCAAUAAACAGAACAAACUUCUAAUUUCUGCAUCACCAACUAAAUACAUGAGAGCUUUCCGAUGCGUACAGUUUCAAUACUGUAACAACACGUCUUCAUUCAGUGGUUUCAGUCAUAUGAAGCUCAACAUUAUUGCAGAUACAACAUUUUCCCUCAGCUGAGAAUCUGUAUCACUCAUAAUACUCGUCAGGAAAUGAUUUGGUUAAAGGGAGACGCUUCUUACAGUCAAUGUAAAUCUUCUCCACAUCAUUUGUUACCAUGGAGAUUGAGCCGGUUAAAAGCCUUUGUGAUACUAAAAACUCUGACUUUCAGCUCAACAUAGCUGCUAACCCACUAAUCCGUCUUUGUGGUCCAGAACUCUGGAUACUACAACUAGAUUUAAAUUUAAUUUUCAUUUUUGUCCACCUUCUUUAGUGAGCUUAAACCAGUGGCUGCUGGGAAAGAAGGAAAUAAACCCAAUCAAAACUCAUGGUGUGCUCAUAAAAGGUCCACAGCCAUGUGACAGGAAAUGGUUUUAAACCAUUGGUGUGGAUUUAAAUCGUCCCACGAGCCAAUCGCAUGGAAGAAAACUACCUGAACAAGCUGCUUCCAUUAGCGUAGUAACUGCUCAACGUGCUGCUACUAUUCGAAUGUGAUCGCUUUGAAGUGGACAGGGAAUAUUUCCUGGAAGACAUUUAUACUUACAGCCAUGAGAUUUGGAUUCUUGGAUCGAAAAACACCAACAGAUUAUUUAAGCGUCAGUGUUUGUCAUUUAGGCGUAGAUUAAUUGUAGGGUUAGUAGAUUCGUCCCGGUGCUUUACGUGUCGACAACUAAGCAUUUCAUCCCUGAGGUUCAUAUUGUUCCAGUGAGAUUUAACAAACAGAGGACGAGCGUCGGAAAGGUUUUUAUUUAUUGCUGCUGCCACAGAAAAACCACGUUGCCUCUGUGGCCGCCGCAUCACAAUGUUUAUCCUAAUGCUGCAUUUUAGCCUGUUUGAGGUUUACAAUGAUGUUGUGCACUUACAUGUACGUCGCAAUCAGACCAGAUCUGAUUGGUCCAUCGGAGAAAUCAGACAUCAAAAAGCAUUUUAGUUUCCUGACCGGAGACAGUGUGAAAAUCUCCCGUUAAUGCCUUGUCUGGGUGGCCUCGGCCAGUCAGACUCCCACUUACUUUAUCCUGCAGUCGUGUUGUGUGGGAAACACUGAGCGCACUUCCACGCACACGGUAAUCCAUUAAGGACCUAAUUGUAAAUAAUUGAUUAGAACUGAAGGCGAGGGAGAGGAAGUGCAUGGAAGUUAUUCUUAAGUUUUGUUUUCCUGUAAUAACAAAGCAGAUAUUCUACGACUGAGGAACUAUCUGCUCUGAAGUGUGUGUGAGGGACGGCAGAUUUGUUAUUUUUUAUUUCUAUAUUUGACUAUUCUGUGCAUGUGUGGAAAACAAUUUAAAGCAAAUUUUUUUAGCAUCAGAGCCAGAAAAUCCAACAUGUAGGAUUUGGCACAGUUUCUUUAUUAUGUUUUAAAUUCUGGUGUCAAACCAAACUGUAAGCUCUGAGGUAUUUAUGUCCAUGAGGAGGCUUUCUUUUUCCUCUGCCAAGGAAUGCAGCAGAGGUAUGUGAUGAUCGGCGUUGGUUUGUCUGUCUGUUAGUCCGUCUGUCAGCAACAUUACUCAAAAACGGACCAACCGAUUUGGAUGAAAUUUUCACGGAAGGUCAGAAAUGACACAAGGACCAAGUGACUAGAUUUUGGCAGUGAUGCGGCUUAUAGUCUGGAUCCACAGAUUUGUUAAAGAUUUCUGUAUCAUUGCCAGAUAGACACGGCGUCACUGUAACUACGACUACAUGUGAUUGCGAUCCUACUACAAAUUGACCGCUGCAGACCACGAAUCGUUUCAAGAUUUCAUCUGUGGGAAAUCAUACAACGACUGAGCAGCCUUGGCAGAGUACUACGCUCUCUGAGUGCUUUCCUCUUGUUAAUGUCAAAACAAAGAUGUCAGACUUUCCCCACAUGACUAAAGCUCUUUUCAGACAUGAGAUACACAACUUUACUGCUUCGUCAGUCUGUUAAAGUUUAUUUAGGAUUUCCUAAACACUGAAGAUCAUCUUCUUUUUUACAGACAGUAAAAUAAAAACGUCCCGGCAGCCUUGGUGAAGUAAAUGAUUUAACCAUCCCAUCCUGUCUGGUAAUUAUAAGUAAUUAAUGAGUUGAAAUGUGCUCUAAUUCGUAUGGAUACUGUGGAAGGUAUUUAACACUCUUACAAGCAGCAAACUGUGACUGUUUUUUGGGGCCAAUAUUGGAGCUUUAAUUUGUGUAAAUAACCUUCUUGAAAUUACUUCAACUGCAUGAAGUUUAGAAAUGAAGCCGUCGCGUAAACAGAAAUGAAUGCAGGUCUGAACGGAGCUUUGAAACACCAGCCUCCUCCUAUUUGUUGAUCGUCAGAGACACACUGUGACCGACCGUCCACGCUGCUCCUCCGUACGAAAUCACUGCGACUGUAAUCCAGCUGUCCUCCAGACAGUCUGCUGUCUUUGUUGUUUCCGUUUGAUGUGACACCGACAAACUAUUCACCCGACAGAACAAAACUAAUUGCACAUGAAAGCUCACAGCAGGCAGACAAACUGGAACAGAUGCAGCUUCUUUACUGGAAAUAAUAACGUGUUUCAGUGACAUGCUCGGUCGUUGUAAAUCCCCAAAUCCAGCAGACGCUCUGUUGUUUGUCGUCGUUCAUCCUUUUAAGAAGCAAAACGCAAGAUUAGCAACUGUUUUUUGCCGACACAGUUAGUAAGGGUGAGUUUUUUACCUUGCUGACGUGUUUCAACUACAUCUGUGGUCUUCCUCGGAGAGUCAUCUGAUGACUUAAUUCCUCUGUAGUUUGUGCGUUGAUUUUUUUAAGUUCGUUUCCCGUUGUUCUGAUCCUCUCUCUGAUGAGGGCCGUUGUCGCUUUGCUGAUGAUGUCUGCUGCGUUUUUGGUUGGGAUGGGGUUCUUGAUGUUGAGGCUCAUCCAUCUUAUAUCCUCAUCUCUGCAUCUAUGGUGUGCUCUUUUCUUUUCCAGUCGCUCCACACAAUCGUUUCUAAAUCUUCCACGUAGUAGAUUGAUUAUGCUCAUUGUGUUGUUUUCUUACACACGACCUGUCCAAAAAAAAAGUCACCACCUGGAUGUUUAACUAAGCAAAUAGGUAAGAGUCUUCCAUUGGAUAAUUACUGCAGUGAUGAAUAUGUUUCAGCUGCAACAACUUCUUUAACUCUAGCUGAUGCAGUGAGGAGCUUCUCAUUUCUGAAACAACCAUGUUGGAAGACAUCCUGUGGUCAUGGAAAGGAUGUUAAUCUGUUUCAGAAGGGUCAAAUUAUUGGCCUGCAUCAAGCAAAGAAAACAACUAAGAAGAUUUCUGAAACUACCAAAAUCAGGUUAAGAACCGUCCAACGCAUUAUUAAAACCUGAAGGAUAGUGGAGAACCAUCAUCUUCAAGGAACAAAUGUGGUCAGAACAAACUCUUAGAUGAUCGCAGGAAAUCAACAGUAGAACUCACAUGUUGAAUAGUGACAGUAAGAGCAUUUCCAUAUGAACAAUGCAAAGGGAACUCAAAGGAUUGGGACCAAACAGCUGUAGCUCUAAGAAAACCACUGAUCAUUGAGGCUAAUCAGAAAAAAAGGCUUCAGUUUGCUAGGUAGCAUAAAGAUUGGGCUCCGGAGCAAUGAAAGAAGGUCAUGUGAUGGGGGCAUCAGGGUAAGAAGAGAGGCAGAUGAAGUGAUGCACUCAUCAUGUCUAGUUCCUACCAGCCUGUGGGGGUUUGGGUUAUGAUCUGGGGUUGGUCAGGUUCAGCAACAUUAUGUUCCCAAAGAAUGAGGUCAGCUGAACACCUGAAGAUACUGAAUAACCAGGUCUUUCCAUCAAUGGAGUUUUUCUUCCCUGAUGGCAUGGACAUGUUCCAGGACGACGAUGCCAGGAUUCAUGGGGCUCACAGUGUGAAUGAGUGGAUCAGGGAGCAUGAGACAUCAUUUUCACACGUGGACUGAGAAAUAAAACGUACUUUCCAGGAUCGGUGGUCUGCAUGGCAAACUCGUCGUGCAGCAACUCCAGCAUGGCUGUGGCGUUCAGGGCCUGGUGGGAAUCAUGGAAUGCAGCAGGUUAAAAUGGGCAUUCUUUUGGCCGACUGCUUUUCUGGUCCCUCAAGUCCUUUUUGAGUUUUGUAAGUUUAUUGAGGAGUCAGUCGAGGCUCCGCUACACAGCUGCAGCCAUCUUUUGCUUGAUCUUUUCGAACACUGGCUUGGUCCAUGAGGCUCCCUCUAACCUCGACUGAACUUCAGUUGAAGACCACAAGAACUGGGUCUCCUCCUCAGACCACUGCUGCUUUGAUUUGGCAUCCAUAUUUACCGGUUUUCAAAAUACUAACACUAAACACUACUACUACUCGCUGGGCUGUUUAAAAAUGGCGAUUGUGUGUGUCUGUCAUUGAUCGUUGGUCACCGUAACCCCGCCCCCAGCCCCUGACCUACUAGGUUCUUAACUGUGGUCCAGCAAAGGCUUGGUGCUUGCUAAGCACCAGUUUUUGGAGCCUGGAGCCGGUGCUUAGGUGGUGGAAACACAAAGAACUGGUGCUAAGUCAGGCUCUGGCUUCAAACUAGCACUGGAACUAGCUUGGUGAUAAAGGGGCCACAGAGUCCAGACCUCAGCUCCACUGAGAAUCUUUGAGAUGUUCUGGAGAAGAUUUUGCUCAGCAGUCCAACUUCCCCAUCAUCAAUAUAAGACAUGGACAGAAAACUAAUGCAACUCUGGAUAGAAAUAAAUGCUGUGAUAUUGUAGAAGCUUAUGGAAACGAUGCCACGGUGAACGUGUGCUGUUCUCAGAGCUAAAGGUGGUCCAAUGAAAUAUUAGAGUGCAAUUUUUUAUUUUAUUUUUUUUUGGAUGGGUGGUGUAUUCGAUUGGCAAUUCUGUUUGGCCGACAAAUUUCGUAAGGUUGAGUCUUACCUUGCUGACAUGUUUCGACUACAUCUGAGCGUCAUCUGACGUGUGCUGUUGUUUGCGCACUUUGUCCGGCAAAAAAGAAAACGACAAAAUGAACAUAAUCAAUCUACUGGCAAAACAUGAGCUCUGCGUGAACAUGUACUGAAACUCUUUAUAGGUGACUGUGUUGGCAUCACGCAGCUGAAGUUUCUGAAUUAAAUGCAGCAAGACCUUCAAUUUGAAAUGAGGUUUUGAUCACAGAAAACCCAUACUUAAGGUGGUAGCAAGUCAUGCUUUGUGUGAUUUUAGCCUCGUCUAUAUUUUAAUAUGUAUCUUAGCUCGGUUCUGAUAUGAUAUUUAAAAGACUCGGGGGGUAAAAGAGGGAGAGGGGACAGCAUUUAGCAUUUAGCACCGAUUCAAGAACCAAAUGAGACACGUGUGAGCGCACGGUGUCCGCAGUCGCUCCAUCCUUGAAUGUCUUGUGUAAAACUGUAAAGGCGUUUGAAAUACGAAGCUUUUAUUUCACUACAGAACAAAGGUGCUUAAAAGUGAUUUUUCCGAUGUUCGUGACGACAGUCGUCACCACGGCGAAAUGCAUUUACAGAUUUGCCUCUUUUGUUUUUCUUUUUGUAAACUGACUUUUCUUAUAUUUAAAAAAAAACAGAUUCAAUGAGAUCAGAUGCUGUAUGAAAAGAUAAAAUGAUUUCAUAUUGUUUCUUUAAAAACAGACAAAAAAAGAAUGGUUGUGUGUGUAUAUAUAUAUAUAUAUAUAUAUAUAUAUAUAUAUAUAUAUAUAUAUAUAAUGUGUUUUUAAUGGCGUACUUUAAAAUCACUGCUCUUACAAACUCUUUCUCCAGCACUGAAAGUAGUCUUGUAGAAAAAAAAGCAUUUUAUGACUCCAUGUUGUGUGAAUAUUGUUCCCAAGAGUCGUGUGUUUUAUCUUCAUGUCAUGUUUAAAGACGGUUGUCACUUUAGUGCAAAACAGUGUGGUGCCAUAACAGUAAGCCCAGACUUACUUUGAGAUACAGUAUUACAAAAACACAACAUUUUAGAUGAAAAAAAGAACUUUUAUCUUUAAAAUCCACUUUGUCCACAGGUUUUUUUUCUCAUCAGCCAUUUCAAACUCUGAAACCAAACUCUACGUUUUGUUUGUUUUCUUUUUUUAAAGGCACACAGACUUUAUUUUGCUACUUUUAUCACUGAAGGUUGUAGUCGUAUGUCAACAAGAUUUCUAAAAAAAAAUGCAGUUUGUCUUUGAGCCGUGUGUUGAAAUGUGCUCUUGGAUCCUGGAGAAUAAAGGAUUUCGUGCAAUCACA